GUACAUGAGUCCUAGGAAAGGUAAUUCAUUAGCAAUCUCUGAAAAGUGGCUCUUUCAAAUAGAAACUGCCAAAACCAGGUCCUGAGUGCAGCAACUCAUCCAUUAUUGGCACUAACAGAUCCUUUUAAAAAGAAGGUAAGGGACCACAGUUAGAAAUUCCCUCCUUCUUGUUUGACCAAGAGUAUUGUACUCUUUCUCCUUCUGGUAUCCCAGUGCUUGAAAUUUACUCUAACUUAAUAACUGUGUCCUUUUUCUUUCUCAGCAAUCUAAUUGCUAAACUGUGGGAGGUAGAGAAGGAUCUUUGGGGUUAUUAUCUGCAUGCAGAAAGAUUAUCCGCUGGGCUCUCAGGGCUGUGCUGUUUCCUGGAGCUGCCAUGCAAUUCAGGGAUCAUGUCCUGCAGUUUUCUUCGCUGAGCUAAAGGCAACAGUACCAACGGCGCAGCUUCCACCUCUGUCGCCAAGUGCUCUUCUUUAACCCUCUGAGUUAUCGAAAUGAAGUCGUGACCGCUGCUCUGUGUUCUGUGUCAUCACAGCAUGCACUGGGCCAGCUAUGGUAUAACUCUGGGCUGCAAAGCUUCCAUGGCGACAUUUUUUCCCUCAAUAAAGUUUCUGCAGCGAGAGGGAGAUCGAAGUCCAUCCAGCGAUCUGUGAGCCUGCUGCAGCAGCUCUUUCUCUUUUUCUGUUCUGUGAUAGAUCAAGCUCUUCUCUCCACCCUGCACAAGCCACAAAGAUGAAUUGAUUCACGCUGCUGCAAAAUGCAAAUAAAGUCGGACAGCUUUUCAUCUGACGCUGAUUCCCAGUGUCGUCCGUUUGCCUGGUGGGAUUACUCUGCCACACCUCUCCUCGGUGCUAAACAUUUGAAAGCAUGCAAAUUUAAUAAGUGCAAAAACAAACAGAUCCGCUAAAGUGCUGCUCGGGCAGAUAAAAAGUCACCCAGUCCGGCUGAGUUCAGUAAACGCAAUCCAGGCAUCCCGAGCUCGGGACUGGGAUGGCCGUCUGUGGCAGAGUCGUGCCUUUGCAAGCCUUCGGGUUGGUGACAUGGGCGGCUGUCCUGCAGUGCUGGGACCUUGCUGCUGCAGGACAGUUUGGUCCGCUCUCUCAGUUCCAGCUGGGUGGAGAUUAUGUGAUUGCUGGGCUGUUUCCUAUACACAACACUGGAAUGUCUGAUAAAUCUGUGCCAGAGCUGGACGACUGCCAAAACGGGAUAUUCAAUAAGCACGGCUAUCAUCUGAUGCAAGCCAUGAGAUUCGCCAUUGAGGAAAUUAACAAUGGCAGCGGAGGAGAGAACCUGCUACCAGGAGUUACCUUGGGCUACCAAAUCUACGAUAUUUGCUCUGAGCCUGCUAGCAUUCUGGCCACUCUUGACGUGCUUGUCCAGCAGUAUGAAUACAAUAGAGAGCCGGAGUCUCCCAGCACUUCCAGGACCAGAGCCAUAGCUGUCAUUGGGCCAGACAGCAGCAGCUAUGCCUUCACUUCUGCUGCCACACUGGGCUACUAUCUGAUUCCAGAGAUCUCUUACGAGGCCACAAACGAAAUGCUGAGUAACAAACAGCUAUACCCAGCGUUCUUCCGCACUAUUCCAAGCGACAGGAACCAGGUCAGGGCCAUGGUGCAGCUCCUGGUGAGGUUUAAAUGGACGUGGAUUGCCCUGCUGGGAAGUGACAAUGAUUAUGGGCAGCAAGGCGUGCAGAGCCUAUCCGAGCUGGCCUCAGAAUACGGUAUUUGUAUCGCCUACAAAGGGAUCAUCCAGACAUACACGGACUCCAGACGGGAGGAGAUGCUUCAGAUGGUCAGAAGCAUCGUGGACACCCGGGUCAAUACCAUAGUAGUCUUCUCCAGCAAACGCAUUGCCAGCGGUUUCUUUCCACUGGUUGUCGGGCAGAACGUCACGGGCAAAGUGUGGAUUGGAUCGGAAGACUGGUCGAUAUCGACCAGGGUGUCCGGCCUCCCAGGCAUUGAGAGGAUCGGUACCGUCCUCGGGAUCUCGACCAAAACUGCAACCUUACCCGGCUUCGAAGGGUUCGAGGCCCUCACUGUAGAAAAAACGAGACGUCCCGUCGCCAACGAAUCUGAGGACGAGAGACAGCGCGCACUUGGGUGCCUGCAAGGCAGCGAUGCCUUCGGCACAUUGACUCCUGGAGAGGUGCCAUUGAAGGAGUUCGAUGUUCAGUCCUCCUUCAAUGUCUACAAGGCUGUUUACGCCCUGGCGCAUGCCUUGCGCUCCCUGCUGGACUGCGACUCGCUGGCGUGCAGUAGGGUGGAGGCCCUGCCAUGGCGCCUCUUGGAAAAGUUGAGGCAAGUGAACUUUUCUGUGGGGAGUGAGCCAGUGUACUUCAACGAGCAUGGUGACCCUCCCGCAGGCUAUGACAUCAUGGCCUGGGACUGGGCAGGAGGGAAUCUGUCUCUGAGGCUGGUCGGAAUGUAUAGCCCAGACCCUGAGAAUCUGGACAUUGAUGCCAGUCUCAUCAACUGGAACACAGGCCGCGAGAGUGUGGUUCCAGAGUCGGUGUGCUCACCAGAGUGUCCCGAGGGCUACAGGAGACUGCAGACGGGGGCUCAUGCUUGCUGUUUUGAUUGUCAGGCCUGCCCACCCUCCACUUUCCUCAACAGGAGCGGAUAUACUUUCUGCCAGCCGUGCAAGCAACGCGAGUGGUCCCUACCAGAGAGUGAGCACUGUGUCAACAGAACGGUGGUCUACCUGCCCUGGGAAGACAGCCUGGCUGUAGCCCUGCUGGUCUCUCUGGUGCUCACCCUCCUGCUGACCCUGGCCACAGCCCUGCUCUUCCUGCUGCAUCUCAACACCCCGGUGGUGAAGUCGGCGGGCGGGAAGACAUGCCUCCUGAUGCUGGCCUCGCUGGCGGGGGCCACCUGCAGCUCGUUCUGUCACUUCGGCGUGCCCUCCGGGCUGGGCUGUGCCCUCAAGCAGCCCCUCUUCACCUUCGGCUUCACCGUCUGCCUGUCCUGCAUGGCGGUGCGCUCCUUCCAGAUCGUCUGCAUCUUCAAGAUGGCCUCCAAGCUGCCCAGGGCCUACGAGGUGUGGGCCAGGAAGAGGGGGCCUCAGGCCGUGAUCCUCAGCUCCUCGGUGGUCGCUCUGUUCGUCUCCCUGCUCCACGUUCUCCUGGCCCGGCCUGUGCCGACCGAGGUCUACAACAUCUACCCGGACACCAUCAUUCUGGAGUGCAGCGGGAUGGAGUCUGUAAGCUCCAUCCUGCAGCUCGUGUACAUCGCUAUGCUCAGCUUUCUCUGCUUCGCUUUUAGCUACAUGGGGAAAGACCUGCCGGCCAACUACAAUGAAGCCAAGUGCAUUACGUUCAGCUUGCUGAUCUAUUUGAUCUCCUGGCUCACUUUCUUCACUGUCUACAUCAUUAGCAGAGGGAAGUACCUCAUUGUGGUCAAUGUCAUGGCCAUCCUAGCUAGUGUAUUGGGGAUACUGGGGGGCUAUUUCAUGCCCAAGGUCUACAUCAUUGUUCUAAAACCCCAAAUGAAUACUACAGCCCAUUUCCAGAACUGCAUUCAAAUGUACACAACCAAGAAGAGUGAGAACUAAUGAAGUAAAAAGCUGUUGUACAUGGACUGUAUUAUAAAUCCGUGUGAUUCAAACAGGCUCGGGAUAAUCUAUGGAGAAUGCAAUGGCCUUUUUGGAUGCUGGUUGAGAUACUCUGUCCUUGGAUUUAAGGGUUCCACUACAGAAGUCUUUUGUUUAAUGAAAUAGUUUAUAUCCCAAAUCUUACCUUGUAUUUGCUUUAGCUAUAACGAAUACUGUACAGGCACAUAGGAGAAACCCUCUAGCAAUUGGAUAUUUUUACCCCCCCAAUAGACCUGAGAUCUUAUUGCCGUUCGGAAAAAUGUAUUGAAUGAUUUUUUUCUAGGUUAUAGCUGUACCAGAUUUCCCCUCAGUGCCAUUCUGGACGUUCAUAUAUUCCGACUUGCUAAGGCAUGGGAAGAAAGGGAGCAAUAAAAUAGAAUGAAAAGAAGAAAAGACUGCAGACCAGUGCCAUGCCUUCUGGUGACUGCUCAGGCAGGCUGCGGCCUUUGUCUCCGGGCAUGUCUGUGUGCCCACUGUUGGCAGCGCUGACUGCCGUCUGGAGUUGAAUGGGCCAACUGAUUUACGCCUGCCUUUGCCAGAAGCUCUCGCAGAUGUUCUGCGGUCUUCUUUGUGAUUUGUAGGGUCUUAUGCCACGGCACAGGUACUGUACUCUGGGCCAAUCUGGCCCGGCCCUAGGGAAAGAGAGGGACAGAGCUGGCAAUGAAAGUCAAGGGCAGUAAAACCCUUGUGUGUUAUUUUCAGGGGACAGAGAAUCAUAUUGUACUUCCCCCAGUAUGGAUAUUUGCAAAGAUGCAAAGAAAAGGCACCGGAUUAAGUCGCGCUCAGUUAAUAGGUGAGGCAGUCACUGUAAGGUGUGUGUGCUGUUUGGUGUAGGACAAACAUGUCGCUGCAGUAACAGCCCUGAUCCCAGUCAAGUAGUGUUCUUGUGAUUCUUCAGAAACAAGAAACGUUUAGUUCCUUCAGCCUGUCAGUAGAGAAGAAUCCCAAAAUAAGGCUGAAAUGCUACUUCAGCGUGAGGCUGCAAGCUGGUUGUGCAAGAAACCUUCAACAACAAUGACUAUCUGCUGCUCUGUAAGGAAAAAUGGACCAAAAUCCAAAAGUCACUUUGAGAAACUGAUCUACAGCAACAAGAAACAUUUGACUGAAGUAAUAACUGCUCACACAGGUCCCAGGAGAUACUGAAUCUAAGUAUUUACAUACAGUACAUACUCACAUGAGGAUAUUUACUUUUGGAACCUUUUAUUGGUAAGAUACCAUCAUGACCUGGGGAUUUUUUAAUCUUGUGUAUUUGAAAUACCCCAAACAUUUCUACCUCUUGAUGUUAAGACUGUUUUAUAAAUAAAUGUAGCUUUCUUCUGCCUGAGACACCAUAUUUUGUUCCCAAGUGAAAUACCACCAUUACAAUAUUCCUUUCAAUUUCUAUUUUGACAUGCUUUUUCAGCUGUGCUUACAAUUCAUCAUGCUUUUUUUCUCUAAUUGGAUCUUGUCAUGUUUUAAUCAUUUCAUGAAGUGUUUUCUUUCCCCCUGUGUUUUUACUGACUGAUUUGUUGAGCCAUGCCGGACACUGUUAUAGAUUUUUUUUAUUAUUUUACUGUUGGGAUAAAUAUCUUCUGUGCUUCAAGCAUAAUCUGUUUGAAGUGUCACCAUCCACUUUCCACUGAUUUAUUUUCAAGGAAUGAUAAAAUACUAGCACAGCAGUUCAAAACUGUAGGAGUGCAGUAUAUUUCCACAGUCUCCUUGUCAGGUCUUAUGCUAUUCGAUUGGAAUACAGUAUCGGCAGGAAGGUUCAUUUUACAGCUUGCAUAUUCAAUUCAUUUACUAAAUUAAAUUACAUCAAUGCAGCUAUAUGAAAUGUAAUUGUUUCUCUCUUGAAACAAGCUCUUAUCCUAUGAAAACUCCUUUCAUACUUGUGAAUAUGAUCAGGCAGUUUAAGUCGUAGGUUAUUCAACUUCUUGUUGCUGCUGCUGUUCUGUCUAUGUUUUUGGUGAUUCCUUUAAUGUCUUUGUAUUGGAGCACGCGUGCAAAUAAGCAUUUCAUUGCACGUGUGCACAUGACAAUAGACUGAACUGAGAUCUGAGUAUCAUUUUAACAUUUUAAAUCUGUAUGACUACUUUUCAUGUAGGUCAUACUAUAUACCAUGUAGAAAUGCCAUGUGAAAUGGUUGCAAUUGCGAAUUAAAUUUAGAUUGUCAAGAAAGAAGGGGUUGCUGUUGUAUUGAACAAAUUUGUAAAUUGAAAUAUAUAUGUGUAUAGCAGAGUUAAAUGCAGUAUAUGAAUUAAUAUUUUUAAGACUCAACAGUAGGCAGAGUAAAGAGUGCACUACUAUGCCUGUUAUUAUUUCUGUAACUAUG